CAUUGCUAAAAAGCGUAACCAGUUCUCCUGUUUGGACUUCUUCCAUUUUUAUGUUUGAUAACUUUGACGAAAAGUGUUAUUAUUUGUUACAUACGAUAAAAUACCCUUGCUGUUUGUUGGUUGCAGUUAUAACCUUAUGCGUUGACUGUUUGAGCCUCAUUUGAUCUACUUUUCCCUUUGCCGUGUUGCAAAGCAAAUCCGUUUGCCGGUGCUGAUUGAAGCCUCUAUGGAACCGGUCUAAAUUUGUAUUGCCGUUGCCGGUUGCAUUCGUACAGCGCGCUUCAUAAUAAAUUGACCAACUGUUUUGUGUAACGCGGAUUAAUUUUGCGCUGGGAUUGCAUAUAUAUUCAUCUGUUUCCCUAAUCUGGUUGUUAUCAGUUGUAAAAGACCAUCCGAGCAGCUCACAAAUGGGCAAUCCAAGCCGGCAGUUUCCUUCGACAUCCAGCAAUGGAUCGCUUGUUGACGAACAAUCCCGUUUCUGGUUGCCUAACAGUGUACCCGCAUCACCGACCAAAGCGCCGACAAAUGCGGUGCCCUAUUUCGAUCUAUACGCGCCAGCGAAGCCGAUGCCCGGCACCGGUCAGCGCGAUAGCCAUUUGCUACAGCAACAGUCCCGCCGGCACUCAGUGACCGCAUCAGCCGGAAGUCCGGUGCUGUCGUCGCAUAAACUGUACAGCAGGAACAAUUACGAUGCCGUCUUUGUGGAUCUGGACGACACCGACACCAGCAGCAAUUCCACCGCCUCGCCGACCAUCCACCGCAAAAUUGGCCGCUCCCGUAGUGAUCCCAUCGCGCCGGUCGCUCUGCAGUCGCCGGUGCCGCAGUCCGGCACCAUCCAAGCGAGCCGCUACAAAACCGAGCUGUGUAAUACCUUCGUGGAAAACGGGAAAUGCCGCUACGGUGAAAAAUGCCAGUUUGCCCAUGGACUGGAUGAACUGCGCAGUAUUGCGCGUCAUCCCAAGUAUCGCACGGAAAAAUGCCGCUCCUUCCAUACGACAGGUAGCUGUAGCUAUGGCCAGCGCUGCCAUUUCAUCCAUCUUGAGCCGCACGGCCAGUUGUCGUCGUCGUCGUCUUCCCACCAUGAUUACCCAAGCGUUCCGCUGACUGCGCCGGCUGCCAGCGGAAAUGCCAUCAUUUCUCAGCCGCCUGGAUCGAAGUUCGUUCACAAUCCCGCAGCAGCCGCAUUGGCACUGCAGCAGGCUGCAGGCGCCGGACGACCACGGGCUGUUUCGCUAAGUGCGUUUUCACAUCCGAUUCCAAUUGCAAACGGCUUUAUUGCCGACCACCAUGCUGAACUGGGUAGCUGCUCGGAUAGCCGAACGACGAGCAUCUCCUCGGGAUCAUUCCCGUCCACUCCGCUAUCUCUGUCGCCGGGUGUCGAUGGACACUGCCAUUCGUGGUUCACGGCUCAUCAAGAUUUUCCUCUUGGAUCAUUGUCCGGUAUUGAUGGAUUGGGCAGUGUCACGGAGGAAUGCGGUGAUGUUCCGGGACCAUGGACUGUAGCGCUGUCAUGCAUUAACAUUCUGGACCUUGAGGACUAAAAAUGAUCUUUCACGUGUUAUGGCGCCAACAGGAAACGCAAUGUUUUUAUAUUGGAGGACAUUUCCCUGUUGUUUCUGUUGCUCAGUGUGUGUGCGUGGUGCAUGGGUUUUUUCCGGCGUCGUUACAUUGCUGCUCCUCUGCCGCGGACAGGCGCAACUGUUGAUGGCUUCGAUGAUCAAGGAUGCGUUUUUUGGGAUUUAUUCUCAUUUUUUUGUAUCUGCACAUGUUUUGCGAGAAUUCUGCCGAUAAUAAUUGAGUUCGCGUUUAUUCUUUACUGGCGCAUAAUAAUUAUUAAUUUUUUGUUUUUUCUAUGCGUUUAGUUCACUUUUAAUAUUAGCCCAUAGAUUUAUUUGUUAUCAAAUUUGAUGAUGAAAUUUGAUACUUGAGUAUUGUCUGUCUCUCUCAAUCCAAAUGCCUAUGUAUUAUUUUAUGGUUAUAUGUCUGAUUUUUUAUGGAUGCAUCGAUAUUAUGUAAAUGAAAAUGAUUGGCCUUC